CCAAAAUUUUUCAGCGUGCCCAUUCAACCCAUGUAAUUCGUCGUGUAACAGAUUUUAGAAAUGACUUGACUGUGAUAGUCUCUUCGACAUUUUCCAUGAAACUUGCUGAGAAUUUUUCGAACCUGCUACCUAUAACCAAGGCAUAAAAUCUCCCGCUCCGUAAAAUUAAAUUGUGAAACAAGCAUGAGAUCACUAUCCGAAAGCAUCUUAUUCGUUCUGAUAUGAGAGAAUAAAGCGUGAGCAAAAUUUUGUCGUACAUCGGCGAAAGAUAGUGAAAGAGAAAUGCUCCUCAGCUUUUGCGCAGAAAAAGGAAAAUCCAUCACCGAAAAAAUAGUCUGCUCAUGCAAGGAAUUUGUCUCUCACCAAUCCUAAUUUCAGAGUGGAUUUACACAGAUUUUCGUUAAACUUGGCAGCCAAUUUCAAUUCUUGUAUAGUUGUAAAUAUUACCCAUGGCAGAGGAGAAUAAAUUUCAUCCAGCAGCUAUGUGCCCUCCAUCUUCAAUGAUCUCUGUGGAGGAUGCAGUGAAUUUGGUCCUGAGCAUUACAAAACGUCUAGAACCAGUCACAGUCCCACUGCAUGAGGCAUUGGGAUUAAUUUUAGCUACCGACUUACAGGCUCCAGAUCCAUUACCACCUUACCCGGCAUCUAUGAAGGAUGGUUUUGCUGUAGUUGCAGCAGAUGGACCUGGUGAUUAUCCAGUUGUAGCUGAGUCAAGAGCAGGAAAUGAUGCAGAAGGUGUGGUUGUCAGUCCUGGUACAGUGGCUUACAUAACAACUGGAGGACCGGUACCAGAUGGUGCAGAUGCAGUGGUGCAAGUAGAAAAUACACAAGAAAUUGAGCGCAGCUCUGAAGGAAUGAAGAGAGUAAGAAUAUUGACUGGAGUGUCUAAGGGCCAUGACAUUCGUCCUGUGGGGUAUGACAUUGAAAAAGGGACAGUUGUAUUAAGGUCUGGUGAGAAAAUUGGUGCUGCAGAAAUUGGACUCUUGGCUACAAUUGGCAUCAUAAUGGUCAAGGUUUAUCCAAGACCAACAAUUUCAGUGCUUUCCACAGGGGAUGAAUUGGUAGAUCCAUCAUCACAUUCCCUGGGUCGGGGUCAGAUUAGGGAUUCAAAUCGGGCCAUGCUAUUGGCAGCUUGUGCUCAGGAACAAUGUAAAGUAUGUGAUUUAGGUAUUGUGCGUGAUGAGAAAGAAGACUUAGAAAAUAUGCUGGAUAAAGCUAUUUCUGUUGGAGCAGAUGUCAUCUUAUCUUCAGGUGGUGUUUCCAUGGGAGACAAGGACUUAGUAAAGAUUUUACUAGAGAAACGUGGUACUACACAUUUUAACAGGGUUCUCAUGAAGCCAGGAAAGCCACUAACAUUUGCAACCAUAGAUAUUGCAGCAACAGAGACACAACCGGAAAAGAAGAUACUUGCCUUUGGUCUUCCUGGCAAUCCUGUUAGCUGCUUGGUCUGUUUCCAUCUAAUGGCUAUUCCUGCAAUCCGAUGCUUAGCUGGAUGGAGGGAUCCUAAGCCUUGCAGGGUAAAUGCUUGCAUUUCAGAACCAAUAAGACUAGAUCCUUUUAGACCUGAAUUUCAUCGGGCUACAGUUUGGUGGGAACAGGACAAUGGAUCUGGUAAUCCAGGCUUUGUUGCUGCGAGCACAGGCCACCAAGUUAGUAGCCGUCUUUUGAGCAUGAAGUCUGCAACUGCACUGUUGGAAUUACCUGUAGGAAAUACAAUUCUGACAGCUGGGACAAUGGUCAGAGCACUAUUAAUUUCUGAUAUCAGCUAUAUGAAUGCUUUCCAGAAAUCAGUAUCCAAAGAGUGUCAGUCAAGUGGUGGUCAAAGCGCAAGGGGCCAUUAUCAAACUACAGAGGACAGUUCAAAAGCAGAAAAUGGUGAUAAGGAAAUCAAAGUAGCUAUUCUGACUGUCAGUGAUACUGUUGCAUCUGGAGCUGGGCCAGAUCGGAGUGGCCCAAGGGCAGUUUCUGUUGUAAACUCUGCAUCAGAAGGGUUGGGUGGUGCAAGGGUGGUUGCAACUGCAGCAGUUCAUGAUGCGGUGGAUGCAAUUCAAGAAUGUAUACAAAGGUGGAGUGAUCAUGAUAAGGUUGACCUUAUUUUGACUACAGGUGGCACCGGAUUUACUCCCAGAGAUGUUACUCCAGAAGCAACAAAACCAUUGCUACAUAAGGAGGCCCCUGGCCUUGUGCAAGUAAUGUUGCAAGAGAGUCUCAAGGUAACAAAAACAGCUGUACUUUCUCGUGCUGUUGCUGGUAUUCGGGGCUCAACCUUGAUAAUCAAUAUGCCAGGAAACCCAAAUGCUGUGGCUGAAUGUAUGGAUGCUUUGAUGCCAGCGCUUCCACAUGCUUUGCGACAGCUUAGAGGAGACAAGAAAGAAAAGCAUCCCAGGCACGUUCCACAUGCAGACUCCAAACCUGCUGAUGUAUGGGAAGUCAGUUACUCAAUGGCUUCCAAUCAUUCGAAAGAUUGCUCUUGUUCACACUAAAUGACGUGAAUUUCUAGCAAUUUUUGAUAUUAUUAUUGUAUUUGUGAGGCUUUACGAAGCAGGCUUGCAUUCUUGAAAUGUUAAAACCAAAUCAAGUGUUAUGAUACCUUCACAUGCUUCUUCAAAAUUUACCAGGUAGGAGUGUCUAGUCAAUAUAUGAGGGCAAUUCAGUUCAAUUUCUAGGCAGGAUAGUUUUCAAAAUUGGCUUUCAAUCUUGGGGUCAAGAUUUUUCUCGGAUGACAAUCAUAGGUCAAGUGUUGUCAGCCACGUUAAAAUGGUCAGGGUAUAAAUUUUGGAAAAAUCUGUAUGGGAAAAUUAUAAAACUGAUUUAACUACUGUUCAA